AAAACAUGGACAUUGUUCAGUUCUCAAGUUCUGUGAUGUGGAAGAGGUUCCUUUGUUCUCCUGUGAAACUCACUCUCUCAAUACUCUGGCCGUGAGUCGAGAAACUCCUCUAGGACUUUAUGACCUGCCUAACAGAGCCUGGGUGUAGGGGGAAGAGAGAGAGGUGGUGAGAGGGGGAUGGUGCUCGCUGUACCCAAAGAGGGCCACGUCAUGACACUACCAUCCAGCUGAUGUUCAGGUAGGACCAGUAACACCAGUGUUUUUAGAACAGGUUUUAGCUUUGGCUUAGUGUUUUUGGGUCUGCCUUGAACAGGUUUUAGCUUUGCCUUUUGUUUUGGCUUUGUGUUUUUGGGUCUGCCCUGAACAGGCUUUAGCUCUGCUUUUGACUUGGCAUUCAUGACAUUGUAGGUACGCUAUGCUUUGGCUUUGCUCUGUGUUUUGGUCCUGCCAUUAGUGUUAAUGAAUUGAGUUGAUGAUUGGCCGCAGUAUGCGCUGGGCCUUUUGGCAGACCUGAGCUAUCUCAGCAGCCACUGCACUUGAUUACAUUAUCUGUCAACACACAGGAAGUGUGCUCUUGGCAUUAUGUAAUAUGGAACUCUCUGUUCUGUUGCCAAGUUUGUCAUUUCAGAUAUGAAAGGUUUGGACCGAUUUCAUACAGGUUAUAUAUACUAGGCCGGGUUACUGUGAAGCACUUUGUGACAACUGCUGUCUGCUGAUGUUAAUAGGGCUUUAUAAAUACAUUUCAUUGAUUGUUUCACAAACUGUACCCUGCAAGGUUUGCCUUUGUGUUUUGACCCCUAGUUUUUCAGACAACAGAUAGCAGAGCCUACUGAAGAGAAAGUUGUCACAAAACUGCAUGCCCACCCACACCUUCAGCACCUAACUAUGUCCGUCACUGGAUAAAAUAUAGAUAUUGGGUGUAAUGGAAGCGGGUUCCCGGUUAUUGCUUUAAUUGCGGUUCUAUGAAUGAGCUUUUGCAUUGUUUCCUGAGUGGAUCAAAAGACUGUUUUGUAACUCUACUGCUUCUUUUACUGACUCUGAAACACAAUAUUGUCCGAUAUAACAUCACCUGUUGAGUGCUUUAAGUUCUACAUUCUGCGUAAAGGGUUAUACUAAACUCCUAAUAAUUCAGUCAUGGACGCAAAGAUUUUCUUUGUUCAGUUUGAGGAGUUCAAUAGAUAGACAGGUACCAUCUGAAUGUUGAAGAUAGCUGAUGACAUGGUGUGAGGGGGUGGUUAGGUUAGCUGCUGCUGGGGCUUUGGAAACUGGGUGACUUCAUCUCUCUACUCUCUCUGUGUAAAAACAUACCAACUUGUGUCUCAACUUUCAAUUGAGUGUUGUGUUUCUGGCUAGAUCUACCUUUCCUUUGUGCAGCUCUUUCUCUAGAAAUACAGUGGGCUUACACAGGCACUGAAACAGCUUGUUUCUCCCACUGACUUGACAUUGUUCACUUUAACUAUGGCUCUUUCUAUAGUUACUGUGUUUUCAUUACUGGUGAGGUAGGUUCACUUUCACUAUGAAUCUUUCUCUAGUUACUGUGUAUUCAUUACUGGUGAGGAAAGUUCACUUUCACUAUGAAUCUUUCUCUAGUUACUGUGUAUUCAUUACUGGUGAGGAAAGUUCACUUUCACUAUGAAUCUUUCUCUAGGUACUGUGUUUUCAUUGCUGGUGAGGUAGGUUCACUUUCACUAUGACUCUUUCAGAGUGAAGUGCCUUAGUCCGAAUGUUUAGCGCCUCGCCGAAGUGAAGCACACCGACAGUCAUGUACAGCACUAUCAGAACAACAAGAGAGACACAACACUACAUGUACAGCACUAUCAGAACAACAAAAUGCCUAGUAACCCUAUCAUUCAAUUAAACCCAUGUUCUCCCCAUGUUUCCCUUUCCAACAGAUGAGGAGCUGUACAUUCAACAGGCUGUGGUCCUCAACGAAGAUGCUGUACAUUUAGGAAUAACUUGCUAUUUUCCACCAUGAGCUGCUUUUUAAAUACAGUUUCUGUACAUUACUUUGUUUAUCAACACUUUUGUAGUACAUUUGUUUACAUUCCUUAUAGUAGUAGUAUCGAUCUAUCAACCAUCACAUGGACCCAAGAUCAAUAGGACUUUACAGAUGGGGCCUGAAUGUGGUGAUAUUUGUCAUCCUGGCCCUGGCCUUCAUUGCGAGGCCCUCCUCCCUGUCUGUGACUUCUGGCCUGUGUUCUAAACACACCCUCUGGGAACCCCCAUGUGGCCUCACCAAGGGCAUCGAGAUCAUCUGCCUUCUCAUAUUCACGUUCCACCUCAUCGUUAAGAGGUUCCUGAUACGUCAUGAGGAGUUUUUGAAGUGUAAAUGGCUGGUGGGCUACAUGGUGGUCAUCUCAGUGUCUGUCACUGACCGGACCUUGACCUUGAACAUGGCUUGUGAUGACACUAUGAGAAUCAGAAAACUUCUUCGGCCAUUUUCCUCUUCACAACUCAUAAUUGAUGAAGAAGACGUUGAAAUGCAUCAAAAGAACAAUACCAGAAAUAACAAGGUAAUGGUAUUGAAUUGAGUCAAAUGAUUAGUGAAUACAGAAAUGCAUAAGGUCCUUCAUUUUGGCUGACUAUAGGGCUUUCUUCUUCUCUCCAGUUUGAUCUUAGUAGUGGUUCUCCACCUUUGUGUCUUCACCAUGUUUGGAAUGUUGCUAUUCACAAAGGGAGAGGUACAGUAACAUCCCCAGUACCUGUUUAUUGAUUGGAUAGUGUGAACAUUACUAUAAUUGUCACGCCCUGACGUGUGAGAGACGUUUUAUUUCCUCUAGUUUGGUUAGGUCAGGGUGUGACAUGG